AUGGCUCCGUUCCAGAAGGGUAACGUGCCCAGCAUGGGCAACACGAUCGUCCGGCCAUCUCGCAGGAGGACGGCCAAGUAUCAGAACAUGGAUCCCUCUCAAAUGAUGGCAGUCAGGCAGAGCAUCCGCAGCUUCAACAUCACCACGCGGAUGCCCUCCUUGCCAGCCGAGCGGCUGCUGGAGCUGCCACUGCGCCUGUCCCUGGAGAAGCCACUGGCCACAUCUCAGAAUGGAGACAAGAGUGACCUCUUGACCUGGCUCCAGGAAAAGCACCUCAUCACUCAGAAUGACACAUUUCUCACCGAUGGCAAGGCCGAGAUUAUGCACAACGACCAGCAGGCAGACGGAAAGCAGCAAUCGUACUGCGUGAUCACGACGCGCUUCAACAAGCCCUUCAUGUACCGCAUGAGCAGCUGCCGCGCCCUGCUCAUGCUCGCUCCGCAGAGCCACGUGCGCUGGCUCGCCGUGCGGCUCAUGACCAACCAAUAUCCUCCUCCUUCAUCUUCACGCGCUCGAGAUGCCCUACAGGGGAGCUGGGGAACGAGGGAGGCGGGCGAGUGCUGUCGUUUUUGUUCCUUGACGGCGAGAACGAUGUUCGACUCAUUCAUCAUCCUGACGAUCUUCGUCAACAUGAUCAUCCUGGCGACGAACAAAUCCUAUCCGCUGGCCGAUUACAUUUUCACGGCAAUCUACACGGGCGAGUUUCUCAUCAAGACGCUGGCUCGGGGCUUUGUCUUCCACCCGUACUCUUACCUGCGCAACGCGUGGAACUGGCUCGACUUCAUCGUCAUCAUCCUCGCGUACAUGACGAUAGCCUUCCCCUUCCUUCCGGGCCUCUCAGCUCUGCGAGCCUUCAGAGCUCUCAAGAUGAUCGCCAUCCUUCCUGCACUGAAGACGAUCGUGGGGGCCAUCUUCAAGUCGGCGGGGCUGCUCCUCAACGUGAUGCUGCUCAUGAUCUUCGCGCUCAUCAUCAUCUCGCUCUUCGGCCUGCAGAUCUUCCGCGGUGUGCUGCGUCAGAAGUGCGUAUUCCUGCCCAACCCGGGCACGAGCUCCCUCUCCGAUGCCGAGUGGAGCAACUACGUGCAAAACAAGUCAAACUGGCUGAUCACGGACGACAUUGAAAUCAUGGUUUGUGGAAACGGCACUGGCACCAGUCACUGCCCCGCAAACUACACGUGUUUGCCAGACAUCGGUGAAAACCCAAACCAUGGUGCGACCAGCUUCGACAACUUUGGCUGGGCGAUGAUGACCUCCUUCCAGAUCAUCACCAUCGACUACUGGGAGAACUGCUACAAUAUGGUGCUGCGAGCCUCUGGGCAGUACUUCAUCGGCUUCUUCAUUGUGGUGAUCAUGCUGGGCGGCUACUACGUCGUCAACCUCGUGCUGGCCGUGGUGGCCUCCUCGUACGAGCGCGAGCUGCGGCACCACCAGCAGCUGCUGGACGAGGAGAAGAAGGAGCGUGCCGAGGCGGAGCGCAAGCAGAGACAGGUGGUGGAGGCCCUCAUGAGCGUGAAUAAGGAGGCGCACAUGCACAUGUCCACCCGGCAAUCAGGGGACCUCUCCGUGGACUCCAGCAUCUCCCAGGGCCUCGACCACUUGGGCGCAGGCUCCACCUUACAGCUCACCAGGCGCCCUCGGGAGAGACUCGUCGCCUGCCUGAACUCGCUCCGCUGCUGCUCAGCAUUCGUGGCCUUCCGGCAGCGCCUGCGCACCCUGGUCACCUCCAGCGUCUUCGAGACGUUCAUCACCAUUCUCAUCAUCACCAACACCGUCAUGAUGGCCAUCGACUACUACAAUGCCCCCUACAGCAGUGCCCUCGACGUCGGGAAUACGGUGCUGACGACCAUAUUCAUAGCAGAGGCAGUACUCAAGUUGACGGCUCUCUUUCCAAGGGUCUACUUCCACUUGGGCUGGAACAUAUUUGACUUCUGUGUGGUGAUUACGAGCGUGGUGGAGUGGAUUCUCGACUCCAUGAGCAACACCAACAUCAACAUCUCCAUCAUCCGUACAUUCCGCAUUCUGAGAGUGUUCAAGCUGGCGAAGAAGUGGAAGACGCUCAACCUCCUCAUCCGUGUGAUGAAGAGCGCCAUUGGCGAGAUGCGAAACCUCACUGUCAUCUUUGCCCUGGUCAUCUACAUCUUCGCCGUCAUCGGCAUGCAGCUCAUCGGCCGAGACUACUACCACAACCGGAACAAAUUCUCCAGCGGGCAGGUCCCCAGAUGGAACUUCCUGGAUUUCUACUCCUCCUUCCUCAUGGUGUUCCGCGUGCUGUGCGGCGAGUGGAUCGAGCCACUCUACGAAUGCCUCGUGUGCUCCAACAUCUACUACUGCAUCCCUCUCUUCAUCCUCACCUACAUCGUCGGUGGCUUCUUGGUGCUGAACCUUUUCCUCGCUCUGCUGCUCGCCUCGUUCGGCGGGGACAACCUCAAGGCGAGAUCGAGCGGCGAGCGGACGGCGAAGUCGGCGAGCGUGAAGCACUUCCUGACGGGGCUCAAGCCGCGGCGCACGUUCCACGUCUCGACGAAGCCCUCGCGCUUCGGGCGCAGGAAGAAGGAGGCCGCCUCGCGUCGCGGCGAGCACGCUCGGCUCGACAUGGACGUUGGCACCUACCAUAACCUGCAGCGCAGCAGCGUGGCCAGCGUGCAGGCUACCCAGGAUUACAUUUACAUCGCUCCGGCAAAGCCCUUGGCUCGCCUGGCGAGGACGCCCACGUCCGACGAUGUGAGUGCCGAAGUGAGGAACUCCUGGCAGCGUCUGAACGACCUCCUGCACAGUUCCGCCACGGCGGGGGGAACCGCGAGCCUCAAAAACAACUCUGUCAUCCUUGACCCGGCCAAGCUGGAGGGAGGCUCGGUCCGCAGCAGCGCCCACAGCCAAGAGUCCAAGUUGUGGAGCGAGGACGACUCCGAGGACGAGUCCGACGCGGAAAGCCACCAGGCCGAGGGCUCAGAGCAGCGCGUCCAGGUGCCGCCGUGUUUCUCCGCCAGCUGCAUUUGCUGCUGUCACCGCCAGCGACGUCGCGACUCCGACGUGGAGCGAGCAGUGGGCAGCGGCGGCGGCGACGGAGAAGGAGGAGGUCGGCACGGGGAAGAGCCCUCGGGUGGGGAGGCGAGCACAGGGCGGCAGGGCAGCGACGGAGGCCGGGAGGGAAGCGGUUCAGGGUGCUGCGGUGGGUGCGUGGGAGCGUUCCACGCGGUGAGGCGUAUGGUGUUUCGCCUCUGCCAUACGACGGGCUUCAAUGGGUUAGUGCUCUUCAUGGUCAUCAUGAGCAGCUUCACAUUGACGCUGGACGACAAGUACAACAGCAGCAACGCGCAGCUGAUGCAGGUGCUCCGCUACAUGGAUAUCUUCUACAUGGCGUUCUUCUCCAUGGAAAUGUUCCUCAAGAUGAUAGGCCUCGGCCUCCACAAGUACUUCACCAGCUUCUGGACUCUACUUGACUGCUUCUUAGUCUUGGAGGGAUUGUCCAACGUGGCCGUUGAGUUUGAACCAUUGGGUGUCUGCUCCCACCAGGUGUCAUGGUUGAAUCAGCUGGCGAGUGCGGUGCCUGCCCUCAAGUCCCUGAGGUCUCUGCGCACGCUCAGGGCCCUGAGGCCCCUCCGAGCCAUCUCCCGGUGGAAGGGCAUGAGGUUGGUGGUGAACGCUCUGGUGACCUCCAUCCCGUCCAUCUCCAACGUCAUGCUGAUGUGCCUGCUCUUCUGGAUGGUGUUCGGCAUCGCCGGGGUGCAGCUCUUCGGAGGGAAGUUCUUCCGCUGCAUCGACGCCGAGGGCAACCGCCUGCCGGCCACGGAGGUCGCGAACCGCACGGUGUGCGAGAGCCUCGCGGCCGAGGGCUACCUUUGGGUCAACGCCAUCAUCAACUACGACAACAUCCUCUCUGCUUACCUGGCUCUCCUGCAAGUGGCCACGCUCGAAGGGUGGAUUGAACAGAUGGCGGAUGCCUCGGAUUCGACGGGGGUCGAUCAACAACCAUCUUACAAUGCCAACAUCUACUCCCAGAUGUUCUUCAUCAUAUUCGUAAUCAUCGGAUCGUUCUUCAUCCUCAACCUCUUCAUCGGAGUUGUCAUCGACAACUUUAACUCCGUGCACAAGAGGUCUCACAAGGAAGGUGCGCUGAUGGCACUCCUGACAGAAGAUCAGCAGAAGUUCUACAAAACCAUGCGACGGCUGUACAGGAGCAAGCCUUCCAAGAGCAUCCCGCAACCCCAGAAUCGUGUCCUGAGGUUCUUCUACCUGCUGGUGCACCGCCGGCUCUUCGAGUACAUCUCCACUGCCGUCAUCUCCCUCAACAUGGUGAUGCUCGCUUCAGAGCACUACAAGCAGAGUGAAAGCUUCACCAACAUUACCAAGAUCAUCAACCUGGUAUUCACGGGCCUCUUCAUGCUGGAGGCUGCGCUGAAGAUCCUGGGGAAUCGAAUCCACUACUUCCGCCAGCCGUGGGACAUCUUUGACUUUUUUGUGGUGUGCAUCUCCUUAACAGAGAUCGUCCUGGAGACCAUGGCAUCACAAGUUAACUUCUCGCCGGCGAUCCUGCGCGUGUUCCGCGUGGUGCGGCUCGUCCGCCUGCUGCGCCUCAUCCGCUCCGUGGAGGGAAUCCGCAAGCUCAUCUACACGCUCGUCAUCUCGCUGCCAGCCCUCAUCAACAUCGGCCUCCUCCUCCUGCUCAUCAUGUUCAUGUACGGCGUCCUCGGAGUGAGCAUCUUCCGCGAUCUGCCCUACAGUGGCUCCAUCACCAACAUGGUGAACUUCGAGACAUUCGCCAACAGCAUGACGCUCCUAUUCCGGCUCAACACGGCCGGAGGCUGGAACGACGUCAUGGGCUCCGUCCUGGGCACCAAGACGCAGAACGCCAUCCUCGUCAUCGCGUAUUUCACCACCUUCGUGAUCUUUAGCAACAUCAUCAUCAUAAACAUGUACGUGGCCAUCAUCCUGGAGAACUUCAACGAGGCUCAGGAGCAAGAGGAGACGGGGGUGACGGACGACGACAUCGACAUGUUCUACCGCGUGUGGGGGAAGUUCGAUCCGUUGGCCACGCAGUUCCUGGCCUGCGAGCAGCUGCCCAACUUCUUCGACGCGCUCAAGAGGCCCUUCCGCAUCCCCAAGCCCAACACGGUGAAGAUCGCCGCCCUGCAGCUCGCCAUCGUCGAGGGCAACAAGGUGCACUGCCUCGACGUGCUCAAGACGAUGACGCGCGUCAUCUUCGGGCGCGUGGUCAAGACGGAGCACCUGCGCCAGCUCAGCAGGCAGGCGCAGGAGAAGGUGAUGCGGCGCUUCCCGCUCCGCAGGAUCAUGCACGUGGUGAGCACCACGCUGGCGCUGCGGCGCGAGGAGAAGGCCGCGCACGUCAUCCAGCGAGCGUUCCGCCACUGGCGCGGGCACCAGGCGCAGGAACCGAGGGGGUGCCGCACGUCCCUCCGCUCGCGCCGCGGGGGCGGCUACCGCGAAGGCCCCAAAGGCGCCGGCGCCGACUCCACCGGAGGAGGGGGAGGAGAAGGAGGAGCGGGGGUUGACUUCUCGGAGGUGGUGAGCUGCUGCAAGGUGAUGAACGGCUGGAAGGUGAAGAGCUUCGCGAGGCGCCGAUCCACCGUCAGGGAUGCUACGUGAGCGGCAAGGCGUGAGGAGUUGGGCACGAGCGCGUUCAACCGUCGAGCGAUUAAACGACGCUGUUAAUGAAGAGUGCGACAGGGCCGCGCUGGUUUCAAGCUGUAUUUACUCUAUAAUAGAGGUUUUGGGGUUAGAUCGCGUAAAUAUAUCAAAUGUGUCGUUAAAACCCGCCACCACCCG